ACAAAAUUUUAAUUAUAUCCUAUUUAUGAUUUUAGUAUAAACCACUCUGGUUAUCUAAACAUUACUAGAAGGUUGGAUCUGUAAUUUUUUAUUUGAUAUUUCCAUCCUUUGAUGUUCUACAAUCUGAGAGUGUUUUCUAGUCCAGGUGUGUUAAUUAAGUGGCUAAAGAUGACUACAUCUUCAACUUUGGCCCAGUUUGAGCAACGUGCAGCACAAGCAGAUGCUAUGAUUGCUAAGCUAACUAAGCAGUUGUGCCAACUGGAGGCAGCUGCAGCUGAAAGACAAAAAGAUGCUCUCAGGCUGGAGAAUGUGCAACUCAAGGAUGAAGUGAACAAACUGCUGCAAAAGCUUGUUGCUCUGGAGAAUGCCAAAGGAGAAAAGCAGUACUACAACUUUUGUAAGGGUACGGAUGCCUCUCCACCUGCAGCACCUCCUGUUUCUGUGACGGAGGCUACUGCUAAUUCUGCUCCAACUCCUGCCCCUGUGCAGAUCGAAAAUGAGAAAAAGCCCAAAAAAGAGAAAGCCGUCAAGAAAGAAGAAGGCGGUGGCAAGAAGCAGGCUGAAGAUGACCUGCCUGUUGAUGUGCGCCGCUUGGACUUCAGAGUUGGUCGUAUUGUGAAGGCUGAGAAACAUCCUGAUGCUGAGUCUCUCUAUGUUGAACAGAUCGACUGUGGAGAGGAAGCACCUCGUACCGUCGUGUCAGGCCUCGUGAAGUUCGUGCCGCUGGAGGCGAUGCAGGACAGACUUGUGGUGGUGCUGUGCAACCUCAAGCCUGCCAAGAUGAGGGGCGUCACCUCCCAAGCCAUGGUCAUGUGCGCCUCUACGCCCGAAAAGGUGGAGAUCUUGACUCCUCCUGCCGGCUCCGUCCCAGGAGACCUGGUUGAGUUCGACGGCUUCCCUCGCCAGCCUGACGCGGUGCUCAACCCCAAGAAGAAAAUUUUUGAAUCUUGUGCUCCUGAUCUACAGACCAACGCUGAACGAGUUGCCGUUUACAAAAACGUGGCCAUGAGAGUGCCUGGCAAGGGCGUGGUGACCGCCGAGUCUUUGGCUGGUGUUCAAGUGAAGUAAACUCAGAGUUAUUGUC